AGAGGAGGAGGAGGAGGAUGGUAUGUGAUUGGCCAGGCGGGGACUGGUAGUCCGGAGGUUGGCAUUGCGUGGCUGUCCGUUGCUCCCCGUGUUCAUGUUUACACCUUUGCCGAUCGACACGAGAGGAGACGCGGCGGCGUCCGGUGGACAAACUCGGGAGUAAAGUCUCUGGGUUAUUUUUCGCUUUUUACCUUUUGCGGUUAUUAUUUUUUUGGACAUAACCUUUUAUUGGCGUUUAAUUUCUCCUUCCAGUGCAGCGACGCAUCAAAGUUUUUAGUGACAGUGCAUUUGUGCGCAAAGGGCAGUGAACGAGGUUAAGCUGGCAGAUUCUGCCUUUAAAGGUUUUGAAACCACUACAAAAAACUUUUAAUGCGAACGAAAUUAAAGUUUUGGCUAUGGAUGCCUUUUAAACCAAAGGACACGAUUAAUUGUUUUUAUGACAGUUGAUGAACUCGUGGGCGUUCAGACUAGUCUCAUCCUGUAGUAACGACCGUGCAGGACAGGAGCCCCUCUCUGUGCGGAGGUGCAGCCGGAAAAGAUGCGACCUCUUCGGAUGCAGCGUGACCAGAUUGCCGGUUCUUUGGUUCUUCUUCUCCUGGUUUGUGAAUCUGUGGUGUCUGGCACUGAGAGCAGCGACUACAGCGAAUCUGAGGUUCUCCCCGACUCCUUCCCAUCGGCUCCAGCGGAGCCCCUCCCGGAGUUCCUGCUGGAACCAGAAGACGCCUUCAUUGUGAAGAAUCGGCCGGUCCAGCUUCGCUGCCGGGCGUCGCCGGCCACCCAAAUCUACUUCAAAUGUAACGGGGAGUGGGUCAAUCAGAACGAUCACGUCACCAGAGAGAGCCUGGACCAGGUCACAGGUCUGGUAGUGAGGGAAGUGGACAUCUCUGUGUCCAGGACGCAGGUGGAGGAGCUGUUCGGCCUCGAGGACUACUGGUGCCAGUGUGUGGCCUGGAGCUCGGCCGGCACCACCAAGAGCAACCGGGCCUAUGUUCGCAUUGCAUACCUGAGGAAGAACUUCGAGCAGGAGCCCCUUGGGAGGGAAGCGCGGCUCGAGCAGGAGGUGCUGCUGCAAUGUCGGCCCCCAGACGGCAUGCCCGCUGCGGAGGUGGACUGGCUGAAGAACGAGGAUGUCAUUGAUCCAUCACAGGAUUCCAAUUUCCUGAUCACCAUCGAUCACGACCUGAUCAUCAAACAGGCCAGGCUCUCAGACACGGCAAACUACACGUGUGUGGCGAGAAACGUGGUGGCCAGACGGCGGAGCAGCACAGCCACUCUCAUAGUUUACGUCAGCGGAGGCUGGUCUUCUUGGACUGAAUGGUCAGAGUGUAACGCUCGGUGUGGCCGUGGCUGGCAACGUCGAACACGCAGCUGCACUAAUCCGGCUCCUCUGAACGGAGGAAUCUUCUGUGAGGGUCCGCCGGUGCAGAGAGUAACUUGCACCACACUCUGCCCAGUGGAUGGAGGCUGGACGGAGUGGGCAAAGUGGUCCGCCUGUGGGACAGAGUGCACCCACUGGCGCAGUCGCGAGUGCCAAGCCCCACCGCCCAUAAAUGGAGGGAAGCACUGUAGCGGAAGCAUGAUGGAGAGCAAAAACUGCACUGAGGGGCUUUGUGCAAGAAAUAGAAAGGUCUCAGUAGAACAUGCGAGCCAUCCGUUGUCUCCUGGUAUGGGUGUAGCGGUGUACACUGGCUUGGUGGUGGCCUUGCUGCUGACUGUGGUCAUGGCUCUGGGCGUGGGUGUGCUGGCGUAUCGCCGCCGAUGCCGCCAUCUCCACGGAGACAUUGCCGAUUCUUCAUCCGCUCUUACUGCAGCGUUCCACCCCGGCAACUACAAGCCUCCCAGACAGGAUAACCCUCUGCAUCCCUCAGCACCUCCAGACCUCACUGCCACAGCAGGAGCCUUCCGUAGCCCGCUCUUCUCCCUGCCGCAGGGCAUCAACGACAACCCGCACAAAAUCCCAAUGACCACCUCCCCCUUGCUAGAUGCGCUCCCCAGUCUCAAAAUCAAGGUGUACAACUCCUCGACUCUGUCCUCCCUGGAGCUCCCAGCUGACAUGGGUUUGGGCGAUGGAGAGAUCCUCAGCCUGAAAUCGGUGGGCACCAUGGGCAGAGAGCGAGAGUUUCACAGCCACACUCUGUCCAGAGAGCCAGGGCUGAGCACCAGCGCCACGCUGGGACAUCUGGGCGGACGGCUUACUAUCUCCAACACAGGUGUGAGCCUGCUGGUCCCGCCUGGCACAAUCCCUCAGGGGAAGUUCUAUGAGAUGUACCUCAUUAUUAACAAGUGGGACAAAACAACGUUACCCUCUGAGGGGAGUCAGACUGUACUAAGCCCUGUCGUGAGCUGUGGUCCAUCAGGUAUGCUGCUGAACCGACCUGUGGUCCUGACGCUUCCCCACUGCGCUCAGCUGGACACGCCUACGCCCGACUGGACGCUCACACUCAAAACGCAAACGCACCAGGGUGCAUGGGAGGAGGUGCUGACAGUAGGGGAGGAGACUUUGUCGUCUCCUUGCUACCUGCAGCUGGAGGAGGAAUGCUGUCAUGUCCUCAUGGAGCAGCUGGGAACGUACGGCCUCGUGGGCCAGUCCUGCCCUCCACGGCCUGCCUGUAAGCGCCUGCAGCUGGCUCUGUUCGCACCCCGAGCGCCCUGCCUGUCUCUGGACUACAGCCUCCGCAUUUACAGCAUCCACGACACCCCACACGCGCUCAAGGAGGUGCUGGAUCUGGAGAGGAGUCUGGGUGGAGUUUUACUAGAAGAUCCCAAGUUGCUGCUUUUCAAAGACAGCUACCACAACCUUCGCCUGUCCAUCCACGACAUUCCUCACAAUCACUGGAGGAGCAAACUUCUGGCCAAGUACCAGGAGAUUCCUUUCUACCACAUCUGGAGUGGCAGCCAGAGACCUUUACACUGCGCCUUCAGCCUGGAGCGAGCCAGCCUCGCUGUGUCGCAGCUCGCCUGUAAGAUCUGUGUCCGGCAGGUGGAAGGGGAGGGACAGAUAUUCCAGCUGCGCACGGACAUCCAGGAGACUCUCCCACCUCACUCGCCUCUCCCAUCGGGAAGCACCUGUCUGCCUUCCUCUCAGGUGGGACCGUAUGCCUUUCGCCUGCCCAACUCCAUCCGCCAGAAGAUCUGUGCCAGCUUGGAUGCUCCCAGUGCUCGAGGGUGUGACUGGAGACUUCUGGCUCACAGUCUGGGCUUUGACAGGUAUUUGAACUACUUCGCCACAAAGCCCAGCCCUACAGGUGUUCUGCUGGACUUAUGGGAAGCGUGUCACCAAGGUGACGCAGACCUGGUGUCUCUGGCGACAGCUCUGGAGGAGAUGGGUAAAAGUGAAGUGCUGGUUGUCAUGACAACAGAUGGGGAUUGUUGACUUACCAAGAAACAGACGACCAAGCAAGACAUUUUAGGACUUUUGUUUUGGGGUAUUUUUUUCUACCGCAGUGAUGAAAACGAGAAUUUUUGCCUAUGAAUAUGCACACGCUGAUAGAUCUUUCAUCAGCAGAGCGUUUUGGUUGUACUACCCACUCUUUUGCUGACUCCUGACAAGCCAUUGUAGCUACAUAUCAACCAUAACCUGUUCCCAUGUAUGCCGUCAAACUGCCAACCUGAUUCAGCUUCAGUCCUCCAAAGCAAUAUUGGAUCUGCAAGAUGGAAAACCAUUCUGGUUGGAAAAAUGUUGCAAUGUUAUUAAGUGCUGGAAAUUACAUUAUUCUAACAUAUUUAUUAAACAAAAAUCAACUUAGUCAACACACACAUAAUGGAGAACCUGGAGUUAUUUCACUGGCAGCACAGAAGUCUGAUUUAAUGAUUUAACAUCAUCACAUCUCAUGGCACAGGCUUUUGUUUUCUUCAUUUUCAUUCAGAGUGGGCCGUGAAUGACAGGCUGCACCAACCUGCCUGCAGCCGUACAGGCCAACACACAGACACACACUCCAAAAUACACACAUGGACAAAGUGGUUGCCAAUCGGAUCGGAAACAUGCAGGCAAGAAAUGCUCAUCUUAGGGACGUAUAAGGAUCAGAUCCUGAAGGUUUCAGUCAUAUCGCUUCUGGCUGAAAAGGGGAAAAAAAAUGUCUGCCUCUUCUUAAAGGUGGGAGAUAAAUUUGCUAAAUUUGUUUCAGGAUUAGCAGAUAACUACACUGACUCUUUUUAGUAUACCAACAAAUGCCUCAAACUCUUGGCAUAUCGCUCCGACUCACAGGGGUGUUUCUCUUUCAUGCCUCCUGGUGUUCUUCAGUUGCUCUGCUGCGCUCCCUAUCUGCUGAGAAAAAACUGCAUCAUCCCUUAAAAGUUUCCUUUGGGGAACGCUCUUUAAUUUAUUAUCCAUAUUUGUGGAUUACAUAGUUUUUUCAUUGUUAUUGACAGAGUCAUCAUAUAGGACCUAUUUUACCAUUUGUGCUUCUUUUGGUCACUGAGCUGCUUUUGAUUAUUAUUUUGCUUUCAUCCUAAAGGAAAGUGCACAGAUUAUGGCUGUUGUUAAGAGAAAAAUUGUCGUAUUUUUAAUUUUGUGCAUCUAUUCAAAAUGUACAAUUUCCAUUGCCUUGCAAAGGUAUUCACACCGCUUGAACAAAAUGUAGUUUAUAUUUGUGAAGCGAUAGGAAAUUAAUACAUUAUUUUCCACAAAUACAAAUCUGUAAAAAGUGUGCUGUGCAUAUGAGCUCUACCAUCUUUACUCUGAUUGCCCUCAAUCUGCAAUCUGCCCUCAAUGUUCAAACCACCCUUUUAAAAAUGGUCACAGUAUGGCACACCUGCUAACCUGCCAAAAUAUGGCUGGCUUACUAAGCUGGUAGACCGGGCAAGGAGAGCAUUAUUAGGAGAGGCAGCCAACAUGCCCAUGGUAACUCUGGAGGAGGUGCACAGAUCCACUGCUCACUCUAGAAAUCUGGUCUUCAUGGGAGAGGCAUUUUUGAAAGAAACCCUUGAGAAAUCGCAUUUAAGGUGUGCCACAAGUCAUUUACAGCACUCAGCAAACAUGUAAAAGAAGGUCCUCUGGACAACCCUAAACAUAACCCCGGAGCUACAAUGGAAUGACUUAAGUCAAAACUUAUUUAUGUGUUAGAAUGGCCCAGUCAAAGUCCAGACUCAAAUCCGAAGAUUUGAAAAGAGAUGUUCACAAAUACUCUUUAUUUAAUCUGACUGGGCUUUAGCUGUCUUGCAAAAAAGAACGGACAAAUAUUCCAGCCUCUAGACGUGCAAAACUGGUCGAGACAUACCCUCAGAGCUGUAGACCUGCCACACUUUUCAGAUUUUUCUUUUGUAAAAACCUUUGAAAACCAUGCAUCACUUUUGUUCUACUUCACAGUAAUAUCUAUCAGACAAAAUUCCAUAUAAAAUACAUUGAGGUUUGUGGUUCGUAAACGACAACAAUUGGGAAAGUUGAAGGUGGAUGAAUACUUUUGCAAGACAUAAUAUGAAGGUCCCAGUGCUCUGCUGUGUCUGAAAAGAGACUAUUAUAGAAUAAAUUAGCCUUACCUGAAAUCAAUUUGGCACCAAGGGACCAUAUAUGUUAAUUUACCGCAACACAAGCUUAAUUAUGUCUUGUAAGUCAUUCUAUCCUCCUUUAUCUCACAUUGAUGGCUUAUUGACGAUCUUUUUCCUGAGCUGCCUGCUCUGUGGUUAGGCUCCUCAAGCUAUUUAUUUUAUCAUUAUUGAUCUAUCAGUUAUUAUUAGAUGAGAAAAUUAAAUUUUAUCCUCCACAGAUUUAGUUUUUCCUAUUUGUUUUGUGUUUCCAAGAAAGGUAAUGCAAGUGUUUAUAGUUUUAAAACGACAGAAACCAAAACAGCGCCAGUGUCCCUCCUCUUCAGCCGUGAGUCAUGCAACUGUGUUGUGUGAAUGAAGUAAGUGUGCGUGAGUAAAUGGGUUUGGGGGGCAGAUUGGUGUUCACAUACGAAAAGAAAUGUGUACAUUUUGUGGAGCUGUCAUUUCUCUGUAAGUGCUAUGCAAGUACAAAAGAAAAGUGAAGCAUUUCCAACUUCUUUUGUUUCCUCCAAGAGUAUUUCUAUUUUUACAGAUGAGCACAUUCACAGGGUUUCUGAUUUUUGUAUCCAAAAGUGGUCCAACAGUGGUUUAGUUUCUUUUUUUGGAAAAUGCAAAUCUUGCGCAAGAAUUCUCCAUCUGGCCUGGAAAAGUUGGAUCACUCACCUCACCAAGGAUGUCAUAAAUGAUGAAAAAUAAAAAACAGAGUGGUGCAACGGGCUCAGGACAAGCCGUGGCUUACAUGGGUAGGCCAUGCCCUGCAGGUCUUUGACAUGAAGAAACAGCAGACUGCAACCAGUUCAGUGAGCACUGCAGGAUGUUUCUUUUUAUCAUUCUUGUUGCAAAAAUUCCUUGCUGAGGACUAUACAGUGUUUUUGUCUGCAAAUUUCUCAGUGUCUACUGGAUGGUCGGCCAUUAUCGGUGGUUACUUUGAAGCUGAACCUGAUUGGUUGGCUCACUUAAAGGAGAUAAACUCUGCCUUGGUUCAAAUAUUCAGACAUUUUUACAGAAACUCUAAAUGGGUUCAGUGACAUUAUUUUGUCUCUGUGAAGUACCAAUUGUAAAUACCUGUUUAGCCUUCUUACUUGUAACUAAAUAUAAUUUUUAUGCAAUAAAUUAUAUUUCUUAGUUUAACAUGAA